UCAAGUGGAGAAGCAAGCACAAGCCCAACCCAACACUUGGUCUGCCACGCGCCGCACCCACGCCUGCAUCGCCGCCGUUCUCCGGAGAUGUCGGUGGUCUCUCUCCGGUCCUUGUCUCCUUUAGCCUCUGCUCUCAAGAAGCCAGCGCUUGUUACUACGGCGUGCCGCCAAGCUCCCUCUCCACUCUCUCGCUUCCCCAGAAGAAUUAGUGUCAGGUGCAGCUAUACUGCAUCAGGUAUUAAUGAGGAUUCUUCGUCUGUGCCGAUAGAUGUUGUAGCUGAUGUCAAAACUGAAAAAAUUGUGGUUUUGGGAGGCAAUGGAUUUGUUGGAACUGCUAUAUGCAAGGCUGCAGUGUCUAAAGGCAUCGAGGUUGUCAGCCUAAGCAGGUCAGGAAGGCCUUCUUACUCAGAUUCUUGGGUUGAUCAAGUCACUUGGGUAGAAGGUGAUGUUUUCUAUGCUAGAUGGGAUGAGGUAUUGGUUGGGGCCACGGCAGUUGUUUCAACUCUUGGUGGAUUUGGAAAUGAGGAGCAGAUGAAGAGGAUAAAUGGCGAGGCCAAUAUUUUAGCAGUUAAUGCUGCAAAAGACUAUGGAGUUCCGAAGUUCAUUUUGAUAUCUGUGCAUGACUACAAUCUUCCGUCAUUCCUACUUUCUACUGGUUACUUCAUUGGAAAGCGCAAGGCAGAGUCGGAGGUCCUCACAAAAUAUCCGAGUUCAGGAGUCGUGCUAAGGCCAGGUUUCAUAUAUGGCAAAAGAAAAGUAGAUGGUUUCGAGAUCCCAUUAGAUUUAAUCGGAGAACCAUUGGAAAGGUUCCUAGCUGCCAUUGAGAACUUCACAAAGCCCUUGAGUUCACUCCCUGCUUCCGAUCUUCUUUUGGCACCACCUGUAAGCGUUGAUGAUGUAGCAUACGCGGUUGUAAAUGCAGUCAUCGAUGAUGAUGUCUUUGGUGUCUUCACAAUUGAGCAGAUCAAGGAAGCUGCCGCAAAAGUGAGGACAUAAUUCUAAGGUGUCAUCCAAAUGAUUUAUACUAUUCGGUCAGGAACCAGAUGCAAAGCCUGAUGAUUUAUCAAAGAUGAGCUUUUGACAGAUGCAAGUGAAUUAGCUGAUUAUAUAUGAAUCUUGCAUUGUACAUAUCUGUUGUCGAAUCAACAAUUUGUGCAACAAACUGAUAUCAUUACGAAGGAUGUGCAUGUUUCUUCAA